AUGGUAGCUAUGGCUAUGGCUUCUCUUCAGAGUUCCAUGACCUCUCUCUCCCUCUCCUCCAACUCUUUCUUCGGCCAGUCUCUCUCUCCCAUCCCUCUCUCCCCUUUUCUUCCGGGCAAGACAAUUGAGAAGAAAUGUCUUAUUGUAAUGAAGCUUAAUCGAUGGGAGCGAAAGGAAUGUAAACCAAACAGCCUUCCUGUGUUACACAAAUUGCAUGUUAAAGUUGGAGAUACAGUGAAAGUCAUAUCUGGACAUGAAAAGGGUGAAAUAGGGGAGAUUACCAAGGUCCUAAAACACAACAGCACUGUCAUUGUUAAAGACAUAAACUUGAAGACAAAGCAUGUGAAAAGUCGUGAAGAGGGAAAACCAGGCGAGAUAAUUACGGUUGAAGCUCCUAUCCACAGUUCAAAUGUGAUGCUUUACUCCAAAGAAAAGGAUGUAGCAAGCCGCGUAGGUCAUAAAGUUCUUGACAAUGGUAAAAGAGUCCGCUACCUGAUCAAAACUGGAGAGAUAAUUGAUAGUGCAGAGAAUUGGAAGAAACUGAAGGAAGCUAAUAAGAAAACUGCUGCUACCUAG